AUGGCCGGUCGGAUGCCACCCAGAAUGGCCUGCUUGGUCCUCUUAUCGCGCCCGCCUCAAUUAACUCUCCAUGCGACAACACGGAGCACCCGCAGAAAACCGACGGCAUGUUCGUCCACUCGACGCACGUUCGCAACAACGCCGUCAUGUUGGUCUCAAUCGAUUGCACCCAAGGUCGUUCGCGGCGAGCCCAAACUCUUCUCCUCGGCCGAUGAAGCCGUUGCCGAUCUCAAAUCCGGGUCCACCGUAUUGUCUGCAGGCUUCGGGCUGUGCGGCGUGGCCGAAACACUUAUCCAAGCCAUCGCCCGUCGAGGCGCGCAGGAUCUGCACUCUCUCACAGCCGUGUCCAACAAUGCCGGGAUCGCUAAAGUUGGCGGACUGGCUCUACUGGCUGACGCGGGACAAUUGUCGCGACUUAUUCUAUCUUUUCUGGGCAGCAAUAAAACUCUUGAAAAAAACUAUCUGACGGGGAAAGUUGCAAUUGAGCUAUGCCCCCAGGGCACAAUUGCGGAGCGCAUCCGAGCAGGCGGCGCCGGUAUACCUGCUUUUUAUACUCCCACAGGAGUCGCGACGCUGUUGCAAGAAGGCAACAUCCCCGUGAGGCUGAGUAGUGACGGCAAGGAGGUUAUAGAACAUGGGAAGAAGAGGGAGGUUCGUGAGUUUAAAGGCCGGAAGUAUCUUAUGGAAGAAGCCAUCACCGGUGACGUGGCUAUCCUGAGAGCAUGGAAGGUCGAUGAGGCUGGCAACUGUAUUUUCAGGUAUACGACCAAAGCCUUUGGUCCCAUCAUGGCCAAGGCAGCUACUAUGACAAUCGUUGAAGCGGAAGAGAUUGUCCCGGUUGGGUCAAUAGACCCCAAUGAUGUUGAUCUGCCAGGCAUUUUCGUUGAUCGGAUUGUCCCAGCAACAGCAGACAAACAUAUUGAAAUCAAGAAGUUGCGAAACUUAGACAACAACAUCCCUGAAAAGGCAGAAUCACCGGAAAUCGCCCAGAGAAACCGGAUUGCUAAACGAGCCGCAAAGGAGCUCAAAAAAGGCUUCUACGUCAACUUGGGAGUUGGUAUCCCCACACUUGCUCCUUCGUACCUACCCAAAGGACAUACGGUUUGGAUACAGAGUGAAAACGGAAUAUUGGGCAUGGGCCCAUAUCCGACGGAAGAGGAGGUCGAUGCCGAUAUUAUCAAUGCUGGUAAAGAGACUGUGACACUUGUUCCUGGUGCCUCGACGUUUGAUAGCUCUGAGUCUUUCGGCAUGAUCCGUGGUGGCCACGUUGAUGUAUCUAUUCUAGGGGCUCUUCAAGUUGCUGCUAAUGGAGAUUUGGCGAACUAUAUGAUUCCCGGCAAGGUCUUUAAGGGCAUGGGUGGCGCUAUGGACCUCGUCUCCAACCCCAACAACACCAAGAUCGUCGUCGCUACGAGCCACGUUGCCAAAGACGGGACAUCGAAGAUUGUGCAAAAAUGCAAUUUGCCUUUGACUGGAGCGAAGUGUGUUGUCACCCUUCUGCCGAGAAGUUUCCAAGAGCUUCAGCGGCCGUGCGUAUUCGAGGUCGACAGGGAAAAGGGAGAGUUGACGCUCACCGAGUUGGCGCCUGGGGUUGAUGUAGAUGGGAUUCGGGCAAAGACAGACGCCGAGUUCGCCGUCGCACCGACUCUGAAGAGGAUAAGCAUGGAACGGGCAACCCCUUGCAAGAGUCCGCCAGAUGAGAAGCUCGAGGACGCUGCAUCUGCGCCCACGUUUUUCGAGUACGAGGCGUCCGCUGAGGUUCGCCGAAUUCUGCUCAAAACAGACAUCAGAAUACUCCCUAUCCUCGCCUUACUAUUUCUAUGCUCGUUCUUCGAUCGCACAAACGUCGGAAACGCCAAGAUUUUCGGCCUCGAGAAUGAUACGGGCAUUACUGACCACCAAUAUGACAUCGGCCUGGCUGUUUUCUAUUUGUUUUAUGUGUGCAGUGAAUUACCCAGCAACCUCGUGCUAAAGAAAGCUUCACCAAGGGUCUGGUUGCCUUUUCUCGCCGUCCUGUGGGGAAUAAUCACCAUGUGUCUGGGUUUCAUAUCCAGUUAUGGCUCCUUUGUCGCGGUGCGAGCGCUAUUGGGAGUUGCCGAGGGAGGUCUAUUGCCCGGAAUGGUUUUGUACCUGUCAGCUUUCUAUAAGCGCUCGGAUCUUGCUCUACGAAUCGGUCUGUUCUAUACCGCAGCGUCACUAUCCGGCGCUUUUGGUGGACUACUGGCAAGAGGCUUGGUGGAGAUUGGUCCCCGGGGUGGCCUGGAGGGAUGGAGAUGGAUUUUCAUCAUUGAGGGUUUGCUGACUGUCGUGUGCGGCAUCAUCGCCGCUGUCGGUUUACCAAACAGCCUAGCAACAGCGACAUUCUUGACUCCGGCAGAGCGCGAGUUGGCACAGGGGAGAAUCUUGCAAGACAAACCUUCACAAGGUGACAAUACAAACUCCGAGAGCGAAUCUCUCAAAUGGUCCGAAGUCCUGCGCGGCAUCACCGACAUUUCAAUGUGGCUUUCAGCGCUUGCAUAUUUUGCCAUACUAGCAGGAUUGUACUCAUUCGGUCUCUUUCUUCCUACAAUCAUCGAAGAUUCAGGAUUUACCACCAAUGCCAAUCGAGUGCAACUGUGGUCUGUCAUUCCGUAUGCCGUGGCCACGGUAUUUACCGUCCUCAUUGCAUUUCUAUCCGAUCGUCUUAAACUCCGCGGCGUCGUAAUGCUAUUCACACUGCCCUUUGCCAUAGUCGGCUACGCAGUCAUUGCCAACGUUUCCAAUGCCCAGGUCGAAUACGGUAUGACUUUCCUCAUGGCAACUGGAAUGUAUGCCAGCGUGCCCUGCGUUCUAGUCUGGAAUUCAAACAACUCCGCUGGCCACUACAAGCGCGCAACGACGUCAGCAAUGCAGCUUGCGGUCGCCAAUUGUGGCGGGAUACUGUUCAAUGUGCUCUGGUGCCACAAGGUCAAUCGCGAUAAGGCGAAUGGUAAGUAUGACAGGUAUGCUGGGUAUAACGAUGACCGGGACCCAAAUUUUAUGUUCGUUUUGUAA